AUGCACAGCGCUCGCCUUGACAGCUUCCUGGGCCAGCUCCGCUGGGAACUGCUAUGUGGCCGGGACACAGGCUCACCUCAGAUGCCUGGUUCCCUGCGGCCACCCGCCAAACCUGGCUCAAGUGUGCAGCCCCGUCACCGACUCAGGGCCUCAGAUGCCUCAGAAGAGGACUCGGCCUGCUGCGUGGAAGAGGAGGAUGAGGAUGAAGUCCUGAUGACAGGGGACAAGGGUGUAGCCUUGGGGAGCCCCAGGGAGCACACCCUGGACUGGGACUCCGGCUUCUCAGAGGUGUCAGGGAGCACAUGGCGAGAGGAAGAGCUGCCCAUGGUCCAGCGCCCAGCACCUCCAGCACGGCGCCCUCAUAGUAGCCAGCGCCUUUCAGCCAAUGGCCUCCCUUUGCCUAGCAGGACCUCUUUAGCCAGUGCACCGCCUGCCCACCGGCCACGGCCCAAAUCUACUCCAGACGCUUGCCUGGAGCACUGGCAGGGACUGGAUGCCGAGGACUGGACAACAGCUCUGCUGAGCAGGGGUCGAAGUCGCCAGCCACUGGUGCUGGGGGACAACUGCUUUGCUGACCUGGUGCACAAUUGGAUGGAACUGCCCGAGGCAACAAGUGAGGGGAGUGGCGAGGAUGGGUCCCGAGUGCGCACUCGGCCCCCACAGUUUCUUCUGGGCCUCUCUGAGCAGUUGCGGCGCCGGCUGGCAGGGGCCCGGAGGGCAGCCAUGGCCAGCAAGCGGCUGUCGUGCCCACCUCGCCCAGAGCCCGAGCUGCCUACUGAUGUCUCCCGCUUUGCUGCCCUCAUGAACUGUCGCAGUCGCCAGCCCAUCAUCUGCAGUGAUGUCAUCAGCUACCUCUGA